AUGACGAGAACUUGCGGAGCUUUCAGCGAUGCUAGUAGGACCGACUACAGUACAGCGCGACCGCAGCGCCCUUACCGUAAUGGCGUUGACAAGGCUCUCUUCAUCAAUGCAUUUUACACGCACUUUCAUCCGAACCACCCAUUCCUGGUCCCUCAACCAUUCUACAGUACUCAGCAAUACCCAAACGACUUGGAUUAUGUAGUGUGCUUGAUCGGUCAGUUCUACCUUCUUGGUCAGUCUGACGAUGGACAGAUUGACGCCGAAAUACAGACACUAUCUGGGUUCGCGGACGCGCCUGCUACUUUAGCCGGCCUGCAAACUCUUCUACUUUGCUCAAUUGUCCUGCACUCUCUUCAUCGUCCAGAUGAGACCGGUUCAUGCUUGAAGCGUGCACAAGAUAUUACUCAGGAGCUGUUCUCGAAUAGCGCUGCCUGCGCUUCUCUCACAACUGUGGAGGAAGAGAGUACGCGAAGGACAUGGUGGGAGCUGUACACUGUCGAUACUUACUUGGCUGCGUUGCAUCGCCGUCCAGCUUCCAUCAACGAUUCCGACGCCGUCCCUCCUGCUUUACCUGGCGCUACAAAAUUAUACAAGGCGGCGAGCGUGAUCCUAAUCCUCCAUCGCUGGCACAACUGGAGCGAAGAGUUUUCUCUGAAGAUCCCAUUCGAUGAGGUGACUGCAGACGACGUGGAAGCCGUGGAUAACGCUCUUGCCAGCUGGAAACACUACCUGCCCGAAGGAGGUGCGAUGCUUAGCGAAGAUCUCGGCCAUUUGGAUGUACUGUAUUUUCAGGCGCACAGCUUUGUUCACACGGCCCCUAUUCUCAUUCACUUUCCACGGAGCGACCUGCCGGCCAACGUCCCUUCUGCAAAGGAUAUCUUUUGCAUUGCCAACCACCCACGCAGCCUUUCAAUCUGUUCCCAGCACACCAUGAAGGCCAUUGCCGCUUCUAAGGAAAUUGGUAACAUGGCCGCCAUGCCGGUGCCCGCCGAGUUCUUUUCUGCCCUUUUUGUAUGCGCCCUAAAUCUCGCAUGUAUCGUGCAGCUGGCCGCUGGCAUCAAGCACAUCGCCGAUCCUGAAGAUACUUACCUUCAACGGCGAAAUGAUUUUCGAGUCCUAUGGCUCGAGGAAGAUGUGUGGUCCAACCUGACCUGGUCUGACCUGUUCUCGCCGGAAGAAAUGAACCGCCUUAUGGAACAAAGUGAAUCGAGUGUCACACUCUGA